UUCAAAUUCCAUUUCAAAAACUUUCAAAAACAGAAAUAGAAAACAAAAAAAAGCAAAAUUUCAAAUUAAUUCUUUACAUCCUAUCUUCUUUUUAAGCAAUAUUGCUUAUAUUUUAGUACACAUAUUCCCACAAUUUAGAAUAAACUGAUAUGCGCUACUAUUUAUACGACGAAGUCGUGCUGCACAAUAAAAAGGAUGAUUUCUGGGUUGUAAUACAUGGAAAUGUGCUCGAUUUGACGCCACUUUUAAAAGACCGUUACGACCACUGGAAUAGCAACCUCGAAUAUCUGCUCGCCUUUGGCGGCAAAGACAUUUCGCAUUACUUCGAGGAGUCAUUUAUGCCAAAAACCGAAACAUCGCCAGUAACGGGACGCCCACGUCUGCUCUUUCCACCAAUACUAGAAACGGCACUGAGUGAAAUGUGCAAGACAAGUGGCAAAAUCUGGAGUCAAGAUCCCAUGUAUCACAUCGGCCGACUGACGAGACGUGAUCGGCGCGUGCGCAUAAUCAACACGCUCACCGGCACCACUCAGCUGAUGAAGGUCUGCGAUGAAGAUUCAAUUUAUGAUAUAAAACAUAAAUACAAGCAGUUAUAUAAUCAUCAUGCGGGCAGUUAUGUGUGGCGAAAGUUCUCGAAUCGGGGUCAAUGCGGUGGCAAAUUAAAUCUGAAAGGCACUCUGGAUGAGAAUGGUCUGAUCGAGGAAGAAUGUCGUUAUGACUUGCCACCUCCUUCGAUAUGGUUGUACUACACCAAUGAUGUGACUAUUGCUUGAGAAUUUAAUGAAAUUUUGUUUGAGAUGUAAUGAAUAUUAUUACAAAUAUUCAUGAAACUAUUAGUUGACUUCUUGUAAAAGAA